AUGGCCAGAGCUGGUGGGAGCCUUGAGGCCUGGGGAAGUUUGGUCUUAUUGGGUCUGUACAGCUGCACCGUCACCAGGGCAGCCGAAUCCAAUCCAGUGAAAAACCUGAGGGUAGAGGCUCAGACCAACAGCUCUGUCAUCUUGGGUUGGGAUGUCCCCGAGGGCUCUGACCCCCAGAACCUCACCUACUACAUCCAGUGGUCUGGAGAUGGUGCCAAAAAUGAGACACUGCAAACAGCAGACACCAGUGUCACCGUGGACGGACUAGACCCUGCCUCUACCUAUGAAUUUUCAGUGUGGGUGGAAAAAGAUGGAGUCCACAGCUCCAAGGAGAUUCGCAAUGCCAGCACAGCUCCAAACCCGGUGAGAAACCUGAGAGCAGAAGCUCAGACCAACACCUCCAUCACCCUGCACUGGGAUGUCCCUGAGGGCUCUGACCGCGAGAACCUCACCUACUACAUCCAGUGGUCUGGAGAUGGUGCCAAAAAUGAGACACUGCAAACAGCAGACACCAGUGUCACCGUGGAUGGACUAGACCCUGCCUCUACUUAUGAAUUUUCAGUGUGGGUGGAAAAAGAUGGAGUCCACAGCUCCAAGGAGAUUCACAAUGCCAGCACAGCCCCAAAUCCAGUGAGAAACCCAAGGGCAGAUGCUCAGACCAACACCUCCAUCGCCCUGCACUGGGAGGUCCCCGAGGGCUCUGAUCCCCAGAACCUCACAUACUGGGUCCGAUGGUCAAGAGAUGGUGACAACAAUGAGAACUUAACCACAACCAGCACCAGUGUCACUGUGAAUGGACUUGAGGCUGGGUCUCAGUAUGAAUUUUCCAUGUGGGUGGAGAAAGAUGGAGUCAGUAGUUCCACGGAGACUUUCAGAACCUUCACAGUUCCCAACACUGUGACAAGUCUCGUGAUCCAGGACCAGACCAACAGCUCCAUCACCCUGAGCUGGACAGCUCCCAUGGGUCCCAGCUCUCCCAGCUACACCUACUGGAUCUCAUGGGUCCUGGAAGGCAAUACUACCACCGGAGUCCAACACACCCCGGAUACCACCAUCACGCUGAAGGCACUGGAACCUGGGAGCUUGUACAGCGUCACCAUCUGGGCCGAGAGGAAUGAGGUCAAAGGUUAUACCAGCACUCUCACUGAGGCCACCGCUCCCAAUGAAGUCACACAUCUGCAGAAUGGAAGUCAGACCAACAACUCAGUCACCCUGAGUUGGAAUGCCCCUGAGGACCCCAAUUCUCAGCUCUAUACCUACUGGGUACAGUGGGCCAGUGAGGAACAUGCCCAAAGGAAGCAAGAUCCUUCGGGACAUUGGGCCAACUUCAUGAACAGUACCAAGGAGACCUGGUACAAAGUGGAGAUGCUCAGUUCUGGCACUUUGUACAAUUUCAGCGUGUGGGCAGAAAGGAAUGGUGUGUCUGGUUCCAAACAUAUCCUCCAAGCAUCCACAGCCCCGGACGCUGUCACCAUCAGCUCCUGCGUCAGCACCUCCGGGGGUUAUGGGGUCAUCCUGACCUGGUCUUGCCCAUCCGGUGGAUACGAAUCUUUCGAGUUGGAGGUGGGUGGGCCAAGGGGCUCCCAGGACAGAUCUUCAUGUGAGAGAGGUGUGUCCGUUUCUGGUCUUGGGCCAGCUCAGUCCUACACAGCUAUCGUCAAGACUGUCUGGAAUGGACUAAAGUCGCAGCCUGCCUCAGUGACCUGCUAUACAGAGAGCACAGGGGUCAUUAUUGGAGCCAUUGUGGGCAUCUUCUUGGUUUUCAUCCUAGUGGGCCUGCUGGUUUUUUUCCUGAAGAAGAGGAAUAAGAAGAACCAGCCAAAGACAGCACCACCCAGGGACCUGGUGUUCAGCCUCCCAGGGGACAUCCUAGCCAAGGACUUUGCUGACCAUGUCAGGCAGAAUGAGAAGGACAGCAACUAUGGCUUUGCAGAGGAGUACCAGCAAUUGGCCCUGGAGGGCCAAGGCCAAUCCCAGAUGGUGGCUUCAGCUCCAGAGAACAAGGCCAAGAACCGUUACAGAAACGUGCUGCCCUAUGACUGGUCCCGGGUGCCGCUGCAGUCACUUCACGAGGAGCCAGGUUCUGACUACAUCAAUGCCAGCUUCAUGCCUGGUCUCUGGAGCCCCAACGAGUUCAUUGCAGCCCAGGGUCCCCUGCCCCAUACAGUGGGUGAUUUCUGGCGUCUUGUAUGGGAACAGCAGAGCCACACCCUUGUCAUGCUGACCAACUGCAUGGAAUCUGGACGGGUGAAGUGUGAACAUUAUUGGCCUCUUGAUGCUCAGCCCUGUGUUCAUGGGCAGCUGCGGGUAACACUUCUGGGAGAGGAAGUGACAGAGAACUGGACAGUGAGGGAUCUUCAGCUUCUCCAUAUGGAGGAACAGAAGACUCUCUCUGUGCGCCAGUUCCAUUACCUGGCCUGGCCGGACCAUGGAGUCCCUUACUCCCCAGACCCCUUGCUGGCUUUCUGGAAAAUGCUUAGGGAGUGGUUGGAUCAGGUCGUGGACGGAGGUCCUCCCAUCGUGCACUGCAGUGCUGGUGUGGGCCGGACAGGCACCCUCAUCGCCCUGGAUGUCCUGCUCCGACAGCUGGAGUGUGAGGGGCUCGUGGGGCCCUUCAACUUUGUGAGGAAGAUGAGGGAAAGCCGCCCAUUGAUGGUGCAGACAGAGGCCCAGUAUGUGUUCCUGCACCAGUGCAUCUUGAGGUUCCUGCAGCAGUCAGCCCAGGCCACCGCCCAGAAGGAAGCAGUGUAUGACAAGGUGGAAAACCUCAUUUAUGAGAAUGCAGCUGCCAUCAGGGCCCAUGAGUUGGAGGUCUAA